AUGACACUUUACGAGACAAUCAGUAGAUAUAAGAACAACCGGAGAGUACUUCUACUCAUAGUUUACAUAGCUUUGUUCCUUGACAACAUGUUGUUAACUACAGUGGUACCAAUAAUACCUGAAUAUCUAUUGCGCAUAUCACAUCCUAAUCAGACGGCUUUACUUCUUUACAAUCAAGCUACAGAAGAGGGAGAAGAUCAUAACAUUCAGAAGAGACAGAUUUUGUGGGAUGAUGAUGCUUGGGAUAUCCCAAUGAUUGAUGGACAAAUGGAUGACGAAGAAGAACCACCGGAAGAAACUCCUGUAACUCCAACACGGAAACCACAGAAAAAUCGGAAAACAACAAAACAAAAACCUAAGGAAUCGCUAGAAGAUCAGCAGAAGCCACCACCUUUUCAGAGAACUCAAAUUUUGUUUGUUUACAGGCCAAGAAUGCAUCCCGCUCCCAGUGAACCUACGUCAGAUCAACAGCAAGAAAGACACGAAAUCCUUGCUAAAGAGAACGUUCUUGUUGGGCUGAUGUUCGGCUCAAAAGCUCUUGCUCAACUCAUUGCAAAUCCGUGGAUAGGCCCCCUUACCAAUAAAAUUGGGUACACCCUACCGAUGUUUGCUGGGUUCGUCAUAAUGUUCCUAUCGACAACCUUGUUCGCGUUCGGUAGUUCUUAUGGUACACUGUGGUUUGCAAGAGUUAUGCAGGGUAUUGGAUCUGCCUGCACGAGCACUUCUGGUAUGGGUAUGCUUGCUCAAGCAUAUCCCGAUGAUAUGGAGAGAGGCAGUGCUAUGGGUAUCGCAUUAGGUGGUAUCGCUUUAGGAGUUCUCAUUGGACCACCAUACGGUGGCCUGUUAUACAAAUGGGCUGGAAAGGAGCUCCCCUUUAUUAUACUUGCCCUAUUAGCAUUAUUUGAUGGAACAUUACAAUUCUUGAUUCUUCAACCGAAAGUGGAUCGAGGUGAACCGGAAGGGUCGACAAUCAAACAGCUCAUAAAGGAUCCGUACAUCAUUGUCGCUGCAGGUUUGUGA